UCCCCACCAACGUUCGACCAUCCCCGGAUCUGAUGAUUCAUUGGCCGCUUGGUGUUGAAGAGGCUCCUUUAUGUGCCAAUCGGUCAGGAUGAAGAUAGCUGUCAGAAGGCACCUACCUUUCUGUCGUGAAAAUGGGAGAUUUCGCACAGCCCUGGAUUGAGUUUGAGAAAGAGUUCGGCCAACGUCCUAUUCUUCAUGGUCCUCUCCAGAGCUGCCUCGAUGGCUUUGCAGGCAUCGGCGCCGCGCUCGUAGCCAAAUAUGAGUUUCCUCCACCCGAUGCAUCCAUUGCAACGGAGGACAGGGUGACAGAGGACGGGCUGGCAGUACGUGUCUAUACCCCUCCUGGCUAUGCUGGAGGGAAACCUGUCGGGGUAUACUUCCAUGGUGGUGGGUGGGCAAUGGGCGACAUUAAUGGAGACGACCCCUGGUGCCGGGCCAUGUCGAAGAUGGCUGGAGUGGUCCUCGUCUCAAUCGAAUACGGCCUUGCUCCAGCAAACGAACAUCCCGGCCUGCUGAAUGACUGCUUCAAGGGCUUCCAAUGGACCCUGAAGAACGCGGUAUCAUUGGGUGGCGUUGAAGGCAAGAUAUUUACAGCUGGGAUAUCUGCGGGCGCAGGCCUUGCUUUGGGAACCGCUUUGAGGGCCAUUGAUGAAGGCUACGGUGGCUCUCUUGUUGGAGUAGUAGCUCAAGUGCCGGCAACCUGCCAUCCUGAUGCUGUUCCAGAAAAGCUCAAGUUGAAGUUCACAUCGUACACAGAGCAUGCUGAAAACACCAUUGAUACGAAUUCAGCGAUGAGAGCAUUCUGGGACGCAUUCGGAGCGCCUCCCACUGAUAAAUACGCAUCACCGCUAUUACACGACAAGAUCAAAGAUCUGAAAAAAGUGUAUCUUACAGUCGCUGGACACGACACGCUUCGAGAUGAUGGCCUCCUCUUCCAGCAAGCGCUUGAUGAGAAUAAAGUCCCUAAUAAAAUCGAUUUCUACGCGGGCUACCCACACUACCACUGGGUAUGGCCUUCGAAACAUCUUGAUGAACCAAGGGCGGAAUAUCUGGAUAACGUGGCGAAGGGGAUUGAGUUCGUUAUUUCGUGAGCUCCAUCUCAUCCUCUUUGCCAAAGUCAUGCUUGCAAACCAGAUCUUCCGCCUUCAUAAAUUCGAUUCUAUACAACGAACAAAUCGCGUUACCUUCAAGCUCGUCCUUUUGAAUUAAUUGUCCAUCGUGAAAUCAUCCCAGAGCUUCCUGCGAGCCUUCUUCCUCGUGACUUGAACUCCUCGCGAAAGUUUCUCCGGGUUAUACAUGACUCGCCAAAGCAAUAUGGGGUUGACGCAUGUAUCAGACCAUGCUCAGCUUGCAAGCCCAUUCGCAAAAACAAAUU